CAGUUCGGAUUGGAGACAAUUCAGUUCUGAGCAAUACAGUACGGAUUCUCGUAUUCCUAAAUUCAAUACCAUUCCAAUUACUACAAUAUGGCGACGCGCAUUGAAGAUUCUUGUCAUUGAACCACUGAACCUGCACGAAAGUCCAUCAGAAGUCGAAGAGUGGGUAGAACGUUUCGAAUUGUGGUGCAGCAGCCGGAAAGGAGGAAUGCUAAAUCAGUCGAUCCUAUUUUUGACGUUGGGCGGUCGAGAGCUGUAUUCCCUGGUGAAGAAUCUUGCGUUCCUGAAUGUUCCUGCUGAAUUUCCGUUCGAGAAGUUGAAAUUCCUAUUACUGGACCACAUUCCUCCAGUGGAUUUUCAGGCCACUGAACGGGCCAAAUUCAACUCAAUGAUCAGAGCUGCCAACAUGCCGUGCCGUGAGUUCAUUCUCCAGUUGAACAAACAGGCGUCAAAAUGCAACUAUGGUGACCGAUUGGAAGAACAACUUUGUGACCGUCACAUUGCUGGAAUCAACAAUAUUUCAUUACAACGUAAGAUGGUGGAAAAUAAAGAUAUCAUGCUUGAUGAGGCUCGAAAAAUCUGUGAGCAAAUUGACGAUUUGUGUGCUGCCACAAAUGCGGAUACUCCUGUGUUAUUCCGUCGGCGAUCAACGAAACCCUUACGUGACGCACCCAAUGUUCAUAAUUCACCCCAGGUUCCUCAAGUACCCAGUUCAAGCCGAACACAACCGAAGUCUGCGAUCAACCACUGCUUUUCAUGUGGCGAAUACCAUCUUCGUUCGACUUAUGAGAACUCAAGCCCAAUCUGUACGCUGCAGACCAGUGAACCCAACGGUCAUUUCGUUUUCGCCCAACUGAGGUUCGAGUCUGGUGUGGAGCAUCGAUUUAUCAUGGACACAGGAAGCAGCGAAUCAAUCCUACCGAAAUCAGCACUUAAUGCGAUCUGUCCUAAUGCUGUUCUAGCCCCGACUUCUGUGCGCAUUCAUGGGGUUACUGGCCAUCAGUUGCAAUUACUUGGUGAAGCGAUAUCGUGCGUCCAAUCUGAAUCCGGCGUAUCAAUCCCAAUCCGAUUCCUGGUACCAGCCCACAGUCCGUCUAUUCUGGGUCUUCGAGCAAUGCGGUUACUACAAGGAUUCAUCACACUACACACCAACAACAAUAUGCCAAUCGCCUCACAUCUUCAACAUUUGAUUGUACAGUGUUCCAGUAACGUUGGUGGCAUGAAAGUACUGUCAAUGAAGUUGGAAGUGGACGGUGAACCUAUUUUCCGAAAACCACGCGUCCUCCCAUACAGUCAACGGGAAGGUGUCCUGAAAACAUUACAGAACAUGGAGCAGGAUGAUGUGAUAAGUAAUGUUGAAUCCAGUGCCUGGGCUAUCCCGAUCGUCCUGGUGAUGGAAGGUGAUGGUAGGAAAACACGAAUCUGUGGAGACUAUCGACUAACGUUGAAUCUUCGAUUGCGGAGAUGUGCAGCGACCACCAUGGAACCAGAGGAUUUCGUGAAGUCAUUGCAUGGAUGCUAG